AACUGGGUCAAUACCUCGUCUUCGAAACUGGGUUCAGCAGGUAAAUCAGCUCAAUUUCCUGUUAAAUACAACAAAGCCAUGUAUAAGCAACGGGCACAGAUGUUAAAGAGAGUGAAACUUCCAACUGAAGGCCAAUUUUGCAACUAUUCACACAGAAUUUGUAUGCAGAACAGGUUAGAAGGAUAUGAGUACUGCAGCAAACACUUGCUGGAAGAUAAAAAUGCACCCUACAAACAGUGCAACUACAUGUCCAAUAAAAGUGGGAAGAGGUGUCCCAAUGCUGCACCCAAGUCUGAUAGGAAGGACGGUUAUUGUGCAGACCACGCCCGGAAGGCAGCCUACAUUCGUCAGCGCACAAGUCGUAAAGCACGUCCUCGUGAGACACCUGAGACAUUACUUGAAGACAUUGAGCACUAUAAUGAGAUGGGAGGAGGAGGAGGGGAUAACAAAGAGAGCAAAAGACAGAGACCUUCUGCUGACAGUUUGGUCAAUAGAAUUCUAGAUUAUGCCAGCUCCAGUGAUUCAGAUGGAGAGAUGCCAGUAGUGGACCAGGCUUGGAGANAUAUAUAUCAGGAGCACAAGUUAAGAUAUGAGUACUGCAGCAAACACUUGCUGGAAGAUAAAAAUGCACCCUACAAACAAUGCAACUACAUGUCCAAUAAAAGUGGGAAGAGGUGUCCCAAUGCUGCACCCAAGUCUGAUAGGAAGGACGGUUAUUGUGCAGACCACGCGCGGAAGGCAGCCUACAUUCGUCAGCGCACAAGUCGUAAAGCACGUCCUCGUGAGACACCUGAGACAUUACUUGAAGACAUUGAGCACUAUAAUGAGAUGGGAGGAGGAGGGGAUAACAAAGAGAGCAAAAGACAGAGACCUUCUGCUGACAGUUUGGUCAAUAGAAUUCUAGAUUAUGCCAGCUCCAGUGAUUCAGAUGGAGAGAUGCCAGUAGUGGACCAGGCUUGGAGAGGAGACAUGGACAGCGAUGCAGAGAGCAUUGACAGUGAGCAGGAAGACCCACUCAAACAUGCUGGUGUUUAUACUGCUGAGGAGGUUGCCUUGGUAACCAGAGAUAAGCUGAUACGUCUCCAGUCCCUGUAUAUAGACCAGUUUAAACGUCUGCAACAUGUUCUGAAGGAGAAGAGGAGGAAGCUGCUCAUGGCAAAGAGAAUGGAAGCAGAAACCUUAGGAAGUAUCCAUGCAGCAAAGAGUGAUCCCCACCAGAAAGACAAGUACGACAAGCUGAUGGCGCUUAAAAGAUACCACAAGAGGCAUGGAAAGGAGGCACUGUUGCAUAGGCAAUCAAAAGAGAGGCGUAUAGCAGUGUCAGAGGGUGCCAAUUACAAGGCACCUCCACACCCAAAAUGUACACACAUUUCUUCCGGGAACAUCAAGUGUGCUGCCAGGACAGUUCCACUUGCCAAAUUCUGCAUUCAACAUAUACUGGAGGACCCCAAUCAAGUAUUGUUCAAGCCAUGUGGCUGGGGGUAUGGUACCUGUGUGAGGCCAGUGGCAGCUGAGGAGGAAUACUGUGCUCUCCAUAUACAGCUACAAGAGACACAGAACAGACUGAAUGAAAAAGAUGACACCCAGGAUGAAGAAUUUAAAGAAUCUGCAAACUUUGAAAGUGAAAGUGAAAGUAAACCUGAAAUGGAUUGCAGUACAACCAACAUGUUACCAAAGCAACAGCCUUUAGAGGAGGAUGGCACUUCUACCAAGAUGAUCAAAAAAGAGCCAGAAGAAUUUGUUGGACCAGAUGCAAAAGUGCCUAAACUGGAAAUCUUAGAGAACAUACAAGAUGAGAGUUAUGACACAGAAACUGCAGAAGAGGAGAAGCCCUUGGUUGACAAAGAUAGACCUUCCCAGUCCAAGACCCCACCACCAAAAGACAGGCAAGCUUUGGAAAAAGAUGCUGUGGAUGUGGAUUGAGGGGAAUCGUACCAAUUGUGUGGUUUGAAAUGAAUGGUGCCUUUUAUGCAGAUUGAUGGAGACUGGUUUGGUAUGCCAGGAAUAUAUCAAUCCGAUCAAAAGACUUGAUUUUUUUUUACCUCAACAGACUAGACCAUGUUACAGGCAUGAUGAUUUGAUUGGGUGGCAGCAGAACAGUGUUUAUAUUGCAUGGAUAGAUGUUCAAGAGCAAGUAUACAAAAGGAGUUUUAUAUAUAUUUAUAUAUAUAUAUAUAUAUAUAUAUAUAUAUAUAUAUAUAUAUUUGCCCAGAUGUGGACUGUCAUGAACAUUUUUAGGAUAUGUGGACCAAAAAAAAAAAUAAUGUAAAUGCUGUGAAUUGAGGGAAAGGUUACCUAGAUAUGGAUUUAGAACAAAGUUCAACUGCUGUUAAAUAACAGAAAAAUUAAAAUGAUUUGGAUAGAGAAGAACAAAUAAUAAAAUAGUAUGUGAACAAAUUGUGUUAAAUGGCAGUAUGGAAUAAAUCUUGUAGCAGUAUUUGAACUACGUAUUUAAGUAUAAUGUUACCACUUUUGUCAGAGUUAAGAAUUUUAAAUCUCUAUGAAUGUGACUAUAACAUGGUUGUUGCAUCGCAGAUGAUACCUUCAAAAUGGAAGUUAUCUUGAAUCCAGUACAUGUGACGCCUGACAAUUGUGAUGGAAACCCUAAAGCACAAUAUCAUGGUUUAUUUUCAUUUAACGUUGCAUGAAGAAAGAGAGAAAUCUCGAAUCUAAUUUGAAUUUAUCAAGGCACUAAUACUAAUACUUUAUAUCAUAUUAAUGUUUACCAUUUGCAAAAGUUAGUUGACUAUACCUGUGCCUUGGUUUUAUUAAACUGCCAUGGUGAAGAUUUCAUGUGACCAAAUAAUAUUUUAGAAACUUCCACAUACAAAUCAAAUCACAUCUUCCCUGAAGAAGAUGUCCUGAUAGACGUCGAAAUAUUGGAGGUAAAACCUAUCUCAAUAUUAGCUGUUGACUGAAGAAAAAUUCACAUCAUUCUUAUAACUUAACACAGCUGAUGAAAUUCUUCUCUGACAAAUCCCAUCAAUAUUUAGUAAAGAUUAUUCAGAUGUCCCAGUUAUGAUGGUACUAAGUGAAUCUGUCCAUGUAUUUUAUUAAUUUUUAAAACCAAGUUUUAAAGGAUGUUUUCAGUUUUAAAAGGAUCAAAUACGGCCUCAUCUCCAAUUAAAGUUUAAAUCAGCCUCAGUUUAAUUAUGUUAAAUGUCUUAAUUCUGUUUAUUUCGGAUUGGAAAACAAAGAGUCAUCAAUAUAAAACGCUGUAAGUUUUGUGAAUAAACUACCUGUAUGUGAUAUUGAAUAUUCUAGAGCUGUGAAAACUAAACUGCUUUAAUACGGUAAAUUCAUAGUGCCAAUUCUGUGAAUAAACUACCUGUAUGUGAUAUUGAAUAUUCUAGAGCUUUGAAAACUAAAGGUAUCGUGACACUGAACUGUUUUAAGACCAUAAAUUCUUAGUGCCAACCGUGCUGUUGCAACAGCAGGCAAAGAGAAAGGAAUAAUGAAAUAACACUGAAUAAAAUGAUGGAUUACGUGUACCUCUAGAUUAUAUGGUUUAACCUUAAGUUAUAUAAACACGGGAGUUGGGCAUCUAGCCCGGGUGGGUUUGGUAUUCGUAUGGAUUUGCAUCCUCACCCGGGUAGGUAUAUAUUACUUAAAGCUGUGAUGACAGUGGAGUAUUACAUGUAGCUAGAUUUUCACGUUCUCUUAUGUAGAGAUAACAUACAUCAUGCUUCAGAGGCAAAAUAUACCAAAAUGAAUAGUAUCUAAUCAACUGAAACCAAAAGCUAGUGAAUUUAUUCUUACCCUUAAAGAUAUAUAAAAAUGGAUAGUACAGCCGUGUACAUUCCCUUUAAGACAUACAAAUUCCUACUACCAGUUUUAUACACAAGUAAAAUCCAUAUUCCAAAAUAUAACCCACAUCAUUCACCCAAUCAGACAGUAAACGAGGUAUAAUACUGCACUUUAUCCAAAUUUUUCGUCCUAAACUUGACCUUUUUAAUGUGUCACUCUAGUUCGUGAUAAAUCAAAACAUGAAGCAAAGAGAAAUAGUGAUAUGCAAAUUAAAAGCCACCUGCAAGAAAAACAAGCAGUUUAAUAGUGUUUUUGCUCAUUGAAUUAUUAAUUUGUAAUCAAAUGUCUGCUUCUGCACUAUGGGUAACAAAAUUGUUAUUGUUAUUGACCUUCCCCUGCGAAAAUGUGUCUCAUUUAACGCUCACUUAGGUUCUCAAUCUGUCCUAGAACAUAUUGUUAUUUUAAUGAAAAAUAUUCCUUAUCUGUUCUAAGACAUUCUGAAGGAAUUCCCAAAAACAGUUCUCGAACUGGUACAUUCAUUACAGAACAAUUAUAGCAUUAGAACUGUAAAAAAAAUACACUAAAUAUUCUAGAAUAGAUUGAGAACCGUAAAUGAGACAAAUUUUCGCGGGGGGUUAGUGGACUAUAUCCCAGUGGGCCAACGGAAGAGGGAAACCCAUAGCACACAACACAAAACACAUACUUUCUAUCAUAUCAAUGUGUAACGCACUAUCACAUGCUCUCUUCGUUUUUGAGUGCCAUCUGUGUUGCUCUCUUUGUUCACGCGAGGAUUGUCAUCUUUGGCGCCUUUAGUCUCACGUGAUCGUGCGUAUAAAUUGCUUCGUUGACGAAAUUACUUAAUAUAAGUGAAAAUUGAUAUCUUUAUAUGAGCACGUCGAUGUACUUUGUACCUUUCACUGUAAAAGCAUUGUCUCUGUUUUUCAUAGGCAUUUAUGAUUUUGAAUUUUAUUUCUUUCUUCACUACAUAGUCAUCCAGUGCUCCUGUGCAUCUGAUUUUGUUGUCGGGGUACGCUUUGAAAUCCCACUAUCUUAAAG